CUCAUUAAUAAUCCUUAUCCACCGAUAGAUAAUUAGAUAUUAAUUAGAGAUAGUUUUGAAAUUUAAAAAUUAAGUCAACUUUAAGUUUAAAUUUCACAAUAAAAAUACCAACUAAUUUUCUCUGUCUAGCCUUCUUCCUCCUCCCUCGCACAUCUCUUUCCUCUCCCUCGCUUCUCUCUUCACAUAAACGAAUAAGAUAGUUUACAACUUAAGGGGCAACGAGUUAACUUUGUAAAAUCAGCGGUUUGCUUUAGCAAGAAUAUCGUUGUGCCUGACCAAGAGUUUCUGGGCCAGGUCCUAGGAGUGGGAGUUGUGGGUGCCCACGAUAAGUAUUUGAGAUUGCCUACUCUGAUAGCUCAAUCUAAAAUGGAGACGUUUCGCUCUUUGGAGGAGAAGUUGCUAGAUCGACUUUAGGGAUGGAAACAACAGACUCUAUCUUGGGCAGCGAAGGAGACCUUGGUAAAGUCUGUUGCUCUGCCAUUGCCAUUACCCUGUUAUGUCCUGCUUUAAGCUCCCACUCUCACUCUGCCGCCUCCUGGAUAAUCACACUGCUAGGUUUUGGUGUGGGGGGGGGGGGGGGGGGGGGGGAAUGGCCAGUCAAAAAUACAUUGGAUGUCCUGGCGGAAUAUGUGUAGAAGUAAACAUGAGGGUGGAAUGAGGUUUCGCCGCUUCGAACAUUUCAAUCAGGCGCUCCUAGCCAAGAUUAAUGACUGGCGCAUAUAGAUUGAUCCCAACUCUCUACUUGCACAUGUGUAUAAGGGGAAAUAUUUCCCUCGUGGAAGCUUCCUUAUGCCACUACGCGUUCCCGUCCGUCCAGUGGUUGACAAAGCAUCAUGUUCGGUCGGCGAUUAUUGAUGCAGAGGCUCUGGUGGCAAAUUGGGAAUGGCCAGCCUGCUCCGUUGCUUCAGAGAAAUUGGGCGCCUCGCCUUCAUCCACUACCCCCUACGUUUAAUUCCCGAAUCUUGCCUGCUGAUGAUAAGCUUACGGUUGCUGCAGUCAUUAGUCCGGGGAUAGGACGCUGGUGUGAUUUGAAUCUCAGACAGUGGUAAUGUUUAGGUAAUGUUGAGGACCGCCUAACUUGGCAUUGUACACCUGACAGGUCUUUCCCCGUUAAAUAUGCUUACCAUUUGGCAGUCAUGCUGAACAAAAAAAGUCGGGCAAUGGCGGUCAUUUUCUAGUUGGAUUGACAGGCCUAACUGGAUCCGGUUGUGGGCAGCUCCAAUUCCCCCUAAGCUAAAGGUUUUUCUUUGGCAAAUAUUCAACCAUCUCCUCCCUAUGACGGAUGCUCUGAUUGAAAAGAAGGUCCAGGUCCAUCCUCGAUGUCCAGUUUGCUGGGCGGAUUCGAAGACGUUGGAGCAUUUGUUUCUUUAGUGCCCAGUGGCGAGGGCCUUAUGAGAUUACGCGGGAUUGGAGUUGGCCAGGGGCUUCCUCGCCAAACUUUCCCACUGGUCCUAAAAAGGUUGAUGAUGCUCAUCCAUCAACCCCAGCUGGUUAUGGCUGUCACUACUGUCCUUUGAAGGAUCUGGCUUUCACGUAACUGGGUUGUCUGUGAGGGUAAGAAGUUUAGUAUCCCAGCUUUAAUGCGGCAAUUCCACCAGCAUUAUCAGGAAUGGGUAACUUUUUCGGUUGAUAGGAUUCAACGAUUUCCUAUCCAACCUAUGGCGAUGGCCCCAGAUUGCCCUAUAAUAUGUAUGUGGGAUGGGGAAACCAAAGUUGCGUCUCAUUCGGCUGGUGGGAUGAUUGUCAUGAAUCAGGCUGGGGAGAUUAGCCUGGCUAAAGGGGUUCAGUUCAUUGGGAUUCAUGAUCCAUUGGUUGCUGAGUUCUGUCUCUCCGGGAGGCUAUUCCUUGGUGUAGGGCAUCUGAUUUUAUGGAGGUGUGAUUCGAAGGGGAUGCUAAGGUGAUUAUUGAUAAGGUCAAUCAAUCGGAUACCAGGGUGAGCCGGAUAGGUGCGCUUCUUGAGGAGGUUGUGUGAUGCUUGGAGCUUUAGAAUGAAUUCUCUCUGCGAUCUGUAGGUCGGAGUAGUAAUAGGGUAACCCACUUGGUGGCUAAGAAGACCCUUUAAUUGUACCCGACUAUGAGUCGUUUUUUUAUUUUUUAUUUUAUGGCCUGGUUAAAUUUAAGGAUGUAACUAUCUUCGCUUCUGAUCAAUAUAUUGAUUAACUUUUGAAAAAAAGAAUUAUCAACAAUUUAAAUUUAAAUUUCACUAAAACUACUAACAGAUUUUUUCCCUCGGCUUUCUUUCUCUUUCCUCUCCCUUUCUUCUUUCUUCACAUUAACAAAAAGUUCCUUUAAAAAUGAAAUAGAAUUAUGAAGUGGUUAUGGUUGAUCGUCCGGGAAAAAAGAGGCGGUGAAAAAAAAAUAUGAUGACGUGGCCUCAUGAUAUCGUAGAGAAUUUGAAAUGAAAAAUGAUUUUUUGAGAAACACUAUAAUAUAUAUUGUAGAUAUCUAGAUGGAGUAUAAAAAGAUACUGCGAAAAAAUAAAAUUCAACAAGACCACCUUAUUUUUUUUUUAUGAAUCAGUUUGUUUCAUUUCAUCAAAAAGCAAUACUAGCAACAUCCUUGCUAGUUAGGUAGCAACUCAAUAGUUUUGUUUCAACAUGAUAUAUUAACCAAACACAAAAAGGACUCAAAAUUUGCACUCCCAAACAACCCUAUAAUAUCUUCCCUAACAACCCUGCACAAGACAUCACAAUCCCUGCAUUGACCACUAUAUACUCUGCUGCACCUUUCUCUCCAUAACAGGCUUACCAAGCUUUGCCAUAACGCUCUGUCAACAUGCAACUGGACUGAAUGAGUCCCAAACUGAUGCUACAACCAAACAAUUUCACCCUUCAAGGAGGAAGGCAUCUGAGCAUUCCCUGAGCCCCUGCAAAAAAGUUUCCCAACCAUUUUCCUCUACAAUGGACACACUGCAAACAGAUGAUCAAUCGUCUCAAGAGAACAGUUACAAAAAACAAAUCCUACACUACCAUCAAAGCCCCAUUUCAACAUUCUCUCUUUGGUAGUUAGAGCUCUUUUAAUAAUCAGCCAAGUAAUGAAUCUAUUCCUUGGAAUUUAGCUACUCUUCCAUAAGAUGUUGGAUCAUGGCACUUUCUGCUGUUUUGGCCUGAUAGUCUCCCAGAUAUGUCUAAUGGAGAAAACCUCCAUUCGUUUCUAAUUCCAGUAAACUUACGGCCCAGCUGAUGAAAAUAAGUGCACACUCUUUGCAUAGUUUUUAGUAUGCGUUUCCAAUUCCAAGACCCAGAACCACCAGAGUAUAGCCAAAAAUAUUGGCCUUUAAGUUUGUAGAUGCUGAUCCACGCAACCCAUAAUGAUCCAUGCUGCAUUAACAGGAGCCAAAUAUGACGAGUAACACAAGCAACUUUCUAGGUUUCCAAAUCUCUCAGACCAAGUCCCCUCCUGUUUGGGAAACGUGAGGAAUUUCCAUCCUAUUUUAGCUUUCAAUCUGCCUCCAUUCCCCACUCCCCAUAAGAAGUUACUGAGAAUUCCUUCCACUUCUCUAAUCACUGCCUUUGGAAGUAUAAAAACAACUAUCCAGUAUUGAUGCAAGCUAUACAACACUGAGCUAACUAGUUCAACACGACCAGCAUAUGAUAAGAAUCUUGAUUUCCAUCUAUUUAUCCUAGCUACAAUUUUAUCAAUCAGUGGUUUAUAUGCUGAAACAGUGAGUUUCCCCUAAGACAAGGGUACUCCAAGAUACCUGACUGGAAAUUUGGCAAAUGUAAACCCAUAUCUGUCUGGCCUCACCUUCUAUUCUGGGCCAGGCAGCCCCCCCCCCCCCCCCCAAAAAAAAAAAAAAACAACUCACAUUUACUAGGGUUAACUUGCAAAUCAGAAAGUCUUCUAAAACGAGCUAGGAUCUCUUGCAAUAUUUGAAAACCAUAAUUUGAACCAUCAGAGAAAACAAGAAGAUCAUCUGCAAAGCAUAGAUGAGUAUGCCAAUCUUCUUGCACAUUGGAUGGAAAGGAAAUAAACCUUUUUGAGCUUCUCUAUCUAAGAUGCAAGAGAAAACCUCCAUUACAAUCACAAACAGAUAAGGAGAAAGUGGGCAGCCUUGCCUAAACCCUUUACAAGCAGGGAAAUAACCCACUAAUCCUCCAUUUAACCCCACACUUAGCACAGGAGUACUCGCACACAUCUUUAUCCAACUAAUGAACAAAUCUGGAAACCCCAUAUUCUUCAACACUUUGAAAAUAAAAAGCCAAUUAACUGAAUCAAAGGGUUUCAUUAAAUCUAUUUUGAGAGCACAUCUAGGAGAAACAUUUUUAUGAGCAUACUUGUGAACAAGUUCAUGAGCUAGCAAAAUAUUAUCUCCAAUAGAUCUCCCCUUUAGGAAAGUUGUUUGGUUCAAGCUAAUAAGAUGAGGCAGAUGAAUCCUAAGCCUAUUUGCAAUAAUUUUGACUAUAACUUUGUAGAUAGUAUUGCAACAGGAAAUAGGUCUGAAAAAUCUCAUUUCAUCAUAGUUCUAGACCUUAGGAACAAGAGCUAAAAUUGUAGCAUUCACUUCCCUAGGAACUUUACUCUCAUAAAAGCACGUUUGGAUAGCAAACGUUACCUCUGCCCCUACAACAGGCCAAGCAUGUUGAAAGAAUGUUGCCGAGUAACCAUCAGGUCCCGGACUUUUAUCUCCAUUCAUUGCAAAAACCACACUCUUCACCUCAUCCUCUAUAACAAGAGCACAUAGUCCUUCUUCAUUGGAUAUAGUCUUCCUUAAUAGCUUAGAGUAAAACCCAUCCGAUUCUUCUAUCACAUCAGGAUCAUUUCUUCCCAGUAAUCAUUUAUAAAAUCCUUCAACUAUAUCUCCCAGAUCUUUUAAGUCAGUGACCUUACAUCCCUCCUCAUUCUUGAGCAUAGUUAUCGUAUUCCUCCUUUGUCCGGAUUUCAGAUAUACGUGAAAAUAUGGAGUGUUUGAGUCUCCCCCCUUAAGCGAGAGAUCUCGAGACUUAUGCCUUAGGAAAGAUUCUUCAGCCUGGAGUAACUCAUGCAACUCCCUUGAAAUCACAGAUUCCUGCUUAAACACUUCACUAGUAGGAUUGGAUAGUGCUUCCUACUGUAUAGAAUCAAGUUCAGCCUUUUCA